AUGAGUCUCAAAGGAGUGACCAAGAGUAUAACCCGAGCCCCGCAACAAUUUAAACAGCGCUUCAACAUUGGCGACAAUACUAAAGAUGCCGUAUACAUCGAUGCGGAAAGGCGCUUUGCAGAGCUGGAAACUGAGACGAAGAAGUUGCAUGACGAGUCGAAGAAAUAUUUUGACGCCAUCAAUGGCAUGCUGAACCACCAGAUCGAGUUUUCCAAAGCCAUUCAAGAAAUCUACAAACCCAUAUCAGGCCGCGUAUCCGAUCCCAAUUCGUUAAUGCCGGAAGGAAAUCCAGAGGGAAUUCGUGCUUGUGAGGAAUAUGAAUCGAUCGUGCGCGAACUACAGGCAACACUCCAACCCGAACUAGAAAUGAUCGAGCAGCGUGUUAUAGCCCCCGCCGACCAAUUACUCGAAGUGAUCAAAGUCAUUCGCAAAGUGGCCGUCAAGCGCCAACACAAGCAGCUGGAUUAUGAUCGUCACCGAGCGACCCUGAAAAAGUUGCAAGAUAAGAAAGAGAAAACUCUCAAGGAUGAAAAAGCUCUUUUCAAGGCUGAGAACGACGUCGAGCAAGCAACUCAAGAUUACGAAUACUUCAACAACCUCCUCAAGGAUGAAUUACCCAAACUCUUCGCCCUGGAAGCCGAAUUCAUUCGCCCGCUCUUUCAAUCAUUUUAUUACAUGCAGCUAAACGUUUUCUACACUCUGCAUGAGAAAAUGCAAGGCAUCAACAUUGGUUACUUCAACUUGAACCUAGAUAUUGAAGACGCAUUUGAAAUGAAACGAGGCGACGUCAAGGAACGCGCAGAGGCACUCUCGAUAGUUCAUUUCAAGGGGACCGGCGGAUUGAAAGGUACUCGCGUAGUGUCCAAGUAUGGCGCUGCUGCAAAAGCCAAAGAAGCCGAAGCAAGCAAAUCAUCGUAUGCGAGCCGACGGACGAGUCAUCUGGAAGACGGCAUUUCCAAUCCACCUCCGCCGUAUUCACCACCGGGUGGAGCCAGCUCGCCCAGUAGCCCAGCAUUGGGGAGUCCUUCAUUGGGUGCGACCAUUGCGGCAAAGGGCAAACCGCCGCCGCCGAAACCCAAGCCAAGUCGUUUGAGUGGUGCGCCAAAUGUCGAGACUGUCACGGCUCAGUAUGACUAUGAGGCGCAAGCCGAAGGAGAUCUAAGUUUCCUGACGGGAGAUAUUAUUGAAAUCGUCUCGAGGACGCAGAAUGAGAACGAAUGGUGGACAGGACGAAUAAACGGGAAGGAAGGACAAUUUCCCGGUAGGUUUGAAAACGAAAUCUCGCAUCAUUCGAGUUAUUUUGGGGCAAACAGACUUUCGAACACAUGGCUAAUACUUGAUCUCUAG